AUGCCCUAAAUGGGCUGCCACAGACGAGGUAUCGUGAACAAAUACGUGUAUAUUUACGAUAUAAUCCAUAUUAUCUCGGCAAAAAGACUUGUCACGUAAUCUUCAGGAUUUACCCGGUGUCGAAACGAUCCUCAUAACUAUCUGAUGCUGAGGACUUCAUAUUAUUCAACGAGCCAGAUGAACGCUUUCAAAAGCCUGGAAGCAUAGGAUUUUUUUUUUGCUUCAAUUUAAAGAAGCAUUAAAUGGCUCUCUACUUGUUUCUGCCCGGACAACAGAACAUACAGUGCAGUGCAGUGUUUCCAGUAUUUCCUGGGUUUCUAGAUCGUCAGGAUGAAUCCUCAGCAGCGGAUUGCCGCUCUCGGAACUGAUAAGGAAUUGAGUGACCUGCUGGAUUUCAGUGCGAUGUUCUCUCCACCUGUAGGCGGAGGGAAAAAUAGGCCCACCACACUUGGAAGCAGUCAGUUCAGUGCAUCAGGUAUGGAUGAGCGGACCAACCAAGCGUCUUGGGCCCCAGGUGGCGAGUCCAGUCCUUCCUAUGAAUCCUCCCGGGGUUUUGCAGACAGCCCUCAUUACGGCGAUCAUAUGAGUGACAGCCGAUUAGUGUCCCAUGAAGAAUUGUCCCCAACACCUUUUAUGAACUCCAACAUAAUUGGUAAAAGUGAAAGGGCUUCGUUUCUUGGCUACGGGAGGGAUCCUGGAGCAUCUGGCUGCCAGGCGUCUCUCAGGCCAGAUGCAGCUUUGACUAGUCCCAAUGCUGUGACUACGUCGGGGAAAUCCACUGCUCCGUUUUACUCCUUCAACGCAGCCAAUCCCAGAAGACGUUCUCUGCAAGACGCUCCACCCAUGGAUCCACUACAAACAAAAAAGGUUCGCAAGGUCCCUCCUGGCCUGCCUUCAUCUGUGUACGCACCGUCUCCAAACUCAGAGGACUUCAACAGAGAUUCCCCCUCGUACUCCUCGCCCAAACCUUCCAGCAGUAUGUUUGCAAGCACUUUCUUUGACGGUACCCACAGUUCGUCUGACCCGUGGAAUUCGUCCAGCGGGAUCAGUCAGCCCGGCUACGGGGGAAUGCUGGCAGGAUCUUCCUCUCACAUGGCCCAGACAGGAAACUACAGCAGCCUGCACUCACAUGACCGUUUGAAUUACCCCGCACAUUCAGUCUCUCCGGACAUCAACGCCAGUCUUCCUCCCAUGUCAAGCUUCCACCGGAGCAACACCAGCACUUCACCGUUUGUCACCGCAGCACACACUUCGUCCGUCAACUCCGUCGACGGGGUUAUGGUCGCUGCGAAUCGGGGGACGACUACUGGAAGCUCGCAGACUGGAGAUGCACUGGGCAAGGCUCUGGCCUCGAUUUACUCACCUGACCACACUAGCAGUAGCUUCCCGUCCAAUCCGUCCACACCUGUGGGUUCCCCCUCACCUCUGACGGCCACAGCAGGAGCUGCUUCAGCGGGGACCGUCGUGAGCGCCGCAGGGACCCCGUCUGCAAGGCCAGGUGCCAACCAGUGGCCCCGCGCCGGUGGACAGACUCCCUCUUCUCCAAACUACGAGAACUCCCUCCACUCGCUGAAAAACAGAGUCCAUCAGCAGUUACAUGAGCAUCUCCAGGAUGCUAUGUCUUUCUUAAAGGAUGUCUGCGAGUCUCGGAUGGAAGAUCGCCUGGACAGAUUGGAUGAUGCAAUCCUUGUUUUGAGGAACCAUGCAGUGGGCUCCACCGCCAGCCUGCCCAGCGACAUUCACACCCUGCUGGGACAGGCGCAGAACGGGCCAAUUACAACCAUCGGGCCAAACUUUCCCGCCUCUGCACUCGUUCCAAGUCGGACUGCAGCGAUGCAGGGCGGCGACGACGCUGCCAGCCUCACCAACAGCCAUGGAGGCCUACCCAGCACCGGCUCCACGUCCAGCACAGAGCUCAACCACCAGGUGGAGGCCUUCAGAGGUCUUGCUUCGGCGCUGUCCGGUCAGAUUCCUGCCACCCUGGAGCUGAAGAUCGAGAAGCAGGAAAAGGACGACAUGAACGACAGCCUGUCUGACAACAAAUCAGACGACGAGAGCGACAGGAGAGACAUGAAGACGCCCAGGACAGGCCAACGCACAAGGACUCAGUUUUUCUCUCCUCUCUCUCUCUCUCUCGCUCUCUCUCCUCGCAGCAUCACUGAAGACGAGGAUCUGAAUCCGGAGCAGAAGGCCGAGCGCGAGCGCGAGAGGAGGAUGGCGAACAACGCCCGCGAGCGCCUGAGGGUCCGAGACAUCAACGAGGCCUUCAAGGAGCUGGGCCGCAUGUGCCAGCUGCACUUGAAAAGCGAGAAGCCCCAGACUAAACUACUCAUCCUGCAUCAGGCCGUGGCCGUCAUUCUUAGCUUGGAGCAGCAGGUCAGAGAGAGGAAUCUGAACCCCAAAGCAGCCUGCCUGAAGAGACGGGAGGAGGAGAAGGUUUCCGGCAGUUCCAGUGACGCCCAGCAGGGGCACACUGGAGUCCAUCCAGGCCUCACCGACACGUCCAACCCCCUGGGUCACCUCUGAGCAGGAGGCAGAUCGCUGCCACGCGGCUCACUUCUGUGUGAGCUGGUGAGCUGCUUCCCGGCGACAGAUUGGACUCGUGGUUCCCACGCCAGUCGCAGGAGCCAGACCGCUUGAAGCGAAACUAAAAGAGUCCAACACGAUCCAGCCCUCAGAUUGAAGAGAGCCAAGCGUCCAGCUCCAUCCAGUUUCCAUCUGCAAAUUUCUCCCCACAAAGAAAAACCGAAACCACAUAUCAGUGUCUGCAAGAAGAAGAAGAAGAAGAAGAAGCGUGUUGCUCCUGAACAAUCAGAGACCUACGCAACCUCCGCCAACCGUACGUGGAAGUUGCCUUGUGCCUAAACUGAAUUGACGAAUGCAUUGUAACAGCAAUUUUUUUCUGUCUGUCUGUUUUGGGUUUUUUUUCUAUUUAUUGAGCUGUAAGGUGUCUGCCGAAAGGGGAGGUUUGGUAAAAUCACAGAGAAGCGAGCGGCUUUUCAGUCCAGCUAUAGUUUGCUGUGUCACCGUUAAACCAGAGCGCUGCCCCCUGCUGAGACCAGGGGAAAACAUUUGAGAAGAUUAAUUUAUUGGCCAGUUUAGACUAAUAUUUAUACCCUGCAACAAGAAAAAAAAUACUAGCUUUUAGAUGCAAACAACAGAAUUGUCCAAUGUUUUUUUGUAAAAGAAGAUAUAUUAUUUAUAUUUAUUUGCUUGAUUUUGCCGCUGGCCACGUGUGAAACCAAAACUACCUAAUGUGUAUUUUCUAAAGGUGAUUGGCAAACUGUAGUUUCACUGAAAGCUCAGGUGUAGUUUUGUUUUUGUUUUCCCUCCAUUUAGACAUUAAGAAGCGAACUGGUUAGCAUUCCCAGCAUAUUUAGUGUCUUAACUAAGAUAAAAACAGGACUCUGCGUCCCGUCGUCCCUUUGCCAUACAGUGUUAAACAAAAAGCAUUUCAAGGGUUUUUCAGAUUCCCGUCAGCGUUUAGCCUCCUGACAUUUCCUUCCUAUUAUUGUUGUUUUUUGUUUUGUUUUUGCCGUUGUUGCGCCCAGCGAAUCAAAAUGCUUAAUGAGAUGUAGUGAAAGAGUGAAAGUUUUACUAAAAAAAAAAAGGAAAAGAAGAGAACGACGACCAUGAUAUCUCCUGGCCCGACGAACAUAUCAGUUUUCUUUUUGUUGACGUUUCACUAAACUUCCAGUUAUUCAGAGUUAUGCUUAUCUGCGAGUCCGUUCUUCGUCUCGACUUCCAGCCGUCUGAGUUGUUCUCCCGUUCGGAUCGAGGUUCGUUUGAACAAACGCGGUCGGCAAGGUUUCCUUGAUCAUGUUUUUGUUUCCCCCAUCAGUGUGCAUGCUUUGCAUCUCUCCUCUUUUGUAUCUUUGGUCUUAAGACUUGCGUUAUAUUCCAUAUAUUUCUUUGUAUAUUAUGCGAUUUCCUCCAUUUGAAGCAAGGCGGCCACGUUCACAACGAGUUUCCAUCCAGAAUCAACGAUUUGCAGCAGGAGUUUACAUUCAGCACAUUUUUAUUAUUAUUAUUAUUAUUAUUAUUAUUAUUAUUAUUAUUAUUAUUAUUAUUAUUAUUAUUAUUAUUAUUAUUAUUAUUAUUAUUAUGACGAAAACUGUAGAAUAAUGUGUAUCCUCUGGCUGAAUGUGGCCUUCUUCUUCUUCCUUCAGUUCUUCAUGUUGACAGACUGAGGGUGUCACAUCCAGCUCUUAUUUCCUUCAUUUUGUUUGCUGUUCUUCCUUUGUUUUUGUUUGUUUUUUUUUUUUGCUCCUCUGUUUGCCAAGUUAGACUUUGCUGUAUUCCCAGAUGCUUUCCCUUGUAUAAUAUAUGAGAAAAAAACAAGAAAAUCAAAAGAAAAAAAAACAAAAAACAUUUGGCUUAUUUUUCACUGUAGUUAGUCUUUUAUACAAUAAUAAUACUGUAAGAAUAUUUCUUGAAUUCUAAAUAUUACUCUUUCUAGAUUUUUGAAAGCAAAAGUUUUGAGUAAAAAGUUUCUUACUUUAUUUUACUAUGUUAGAUAGUAAAAUGUACGGUUAUUUACCAUAACUUGUCAAUUAUUACAAGAGAUUUGCAGGCGGCAGAAGACAGGAGGGCUGCGGCUCGUCGUUCUUUAAAAGGCGUCGAUCGAGCUGCAGGUUCCUGCAAACAAGAGACUUUCUUCUUCCUGUUCGCUGAUAAAACAUUUGAUCUUGUGUCAAAUAAGAAAAGGUGUCGAUCCGCAUUAAAAAAAUAAUAAUAAAAAAAAAGACAAAGGAAAAAAAGAUAAAACAACUGUGGCAGGGGGAAUUUUAAUUUUCUGUCUUUUACAGCAGGAAAACAUGUAUAUAACAUUUAUGUUGCAAUAAAUGUGCCAUCUUUUUUUAAACUGGAUUGUAUGUGCAUUCAUUUCCCUCUGAGCAAAGCGGUUUUGGUUUUUAUCGCCCUCUCAGAUUUUACCUUUUUCCCCAACGCAACAACGUUUUCCUGUAAAACAACACAAAGAAAAAAAAUAAAGGUCGCCUCAGAAGAAAGAGUCUUGAUUAUUAGACUUUAUUAUUGUUUCUGUUUUUGCUUUUGGAGACGUUUCUACAGUGGAUUUAGGCCAAAUGAGUGUUUUAUAGUAUGUAACUUCUUUUUACCAGUGGACCAUUGUAGUCUGUAUGAAAAGUAAUAUGAAUAUAUAUGUUUCUAUUUUUAAUAAAGUGUGAUAGCAGCGUGA